GGCGGCGCCCCAGCCGGAGCCCGAGCCGGAGCCGGAGCCCGAGGCGACUGGAACCGAGCUGUAGCCACCGAGGCCGCCACCGGGUCCCCACCGUCUCCGCGCCGCCCCCGCGCCCCUCUUUGCCGGUGGCGGGCGUGGGCGGAGUGGCUAGCCCGUGGCCGGCUGGUGGGCAGCCGGCGCCAUGGCUGCACCGGAGCCGCUGCGGCCCCGCCUGUGCCGCCUGGUGCGCGGCGAGCACGGCUACGGCUUCCACCUGCACGGCGAGAAGGGCCGCCGCGGGCAGUUCAUCCGGCGCGUGGAGCCCGACUCCCCUGCGGAGGCGGCCGCGCUGCGCGCCGGAGACCGCCUGGUCGAGGUCAACGGCGUCAACGUGGAGGGCGAGACACACCACCAGGUGGUGCAGAGGAUCAAGGCGGUGGAGGGGCAGACUCAGCUACUGGUUGUGGACAAGGAGACAGACGAGGAACUCCGCCGGCGGCAGCUGACCUGCACUGAGGAGAUGGCUCAGCGAGGGCUGCCGCCCACCCAGGGCCCCUGGGAGCCAAAGCUGGACUGGGCACGUGCAGCCAGCCUCGGUUCUGAUGCUGGCUGGAAGGAUGUGAAUGGGCCCCCGAGGGAGCUACGCCCUCGGCUGUGCCACCUGCGGAAGGGCCCCCAGGGCUAUGGGUUCAACCUGCACAGUGACAAGGCCCGCCCAGGACAGUAUAUCCGCUCGGUGGACCUGGACUCACCCGCCGCCCACUCUGGCCUCCGUGCCCAGGACCGACUCAUUGAGGUGAAUGGGCAGAAUGUGGAGGGGCUGCGCCACGUGGAGGUGGUUGCCCGCAUCAAGGCAAGGGAGGAUGAGGCGCGGCUGCUCGUGGUAGACCCUGAAGCAGACGAGCACUUCAGGCGGCUGCGAGUCACACCCACUGAGGAGCACGUGGAAGGUCCACUGCCAUCACCAGUCACCAACGGGACCAGCCCUGCCCAGCUCAAUGGUGGCUCAGCAUGCUCGUCCCGAAGUGACCUGCCUGGCUUAGACAAGGACACUGAGGAUGGCAGCACCUGGAAGCGUGACCCCUUUCAGGAGAGUGGCCUCCACCUGAGCCCCACUGCAGCCGAGGCUAAGGAGAAGGCGAGGGCCACUCGCGUCAACAAGCGGGCCCCGCAGAUGGACUGGAACCAGAAGCGCGAGAUCUUCAGCAACUUCUGAGUCCCUCCCGCCCAUCUGCCAGGCCCACCUCCGAAACUUGGGCCUUGACCUACCCCCUGGGCCCUGCCCAGGGCUCCUGGGGUCCCAGUGGACUGGAGGGGGUGCCUCCUCAUCCUCAGAAGCCGCGGAGGUCCCCCGCCACCUGGGAACCGACCCACACACCCCAGUGAGCCCUCAUCCUGCGCCCUCCCGCUAGGUGCUGGGGGAGCGGCAGUCAGACCAGGAGGGGGGCCCAGGAUGCUUGAGAGAGACAGAGAAGGUGGGGAGAGGAGGCCCAGGGCGGGGGAGCGAGGGGAGAGGGGAGCUGGCCUGUGGGGCCGGGUCCUUGCUCUGCCUGGGCCUGCUGACUUACAGGAAUUCGUGUUUUUGCUUUUUUUCCAAAAAGAGCUCAGCUGCGCACAUGUUUCCACUUAAUACCAGAGCCCCCACCCCCUCCCCCUCUGGACGUGCUCUCUAAAUCACAGUAAAACAGACCUUUCUCUGCAAUCCAUUUCCACCCCAAGCAGGAGUCCCAGAGACUUCCAGGGACAGAGAGUUGGGGGGCCCCAGGCUGUGUUUGUGGGGGCUUCUGCCCCAUCGCUGCCCUCUCUGGAAUGGGGGGGGGUCAAUGGGCCAGGCCCCCCAGAUCCCUACUGCACCAGGGUCUGGGGCACAGGGCCUGGGUUCUCCGAGGGGCUGGAAGAUGAAGGCCCCGUGCCCCUGAGAGGGGCAGCCUCUGGACAGGCUCCUUGGCCCAGCACGGCGGCCCCAGGCCCGGGCAGUGUGGCUGUGGGAGAGUUUGCCCCGGCAGGGACCCCAGGCUUCUGGGCUUCACCCCUGCUUGGCGCCCUCCUCCAGGAGACCCCGCCCACUCAGCCUUUUCUCCCCGCCGUGACUCCCACCGACCAACAUUGCUGUCUGUCCUAUAAGCCAUAGCGCUGCGCGCCCUCAGAAUAAACAGGCCUUCCUCGGA